CACAAUGCGUAUAUACAGAAUGCAGAGAAAAUGGCGGCAUUGAUGAAAGCCGUGCAUGUUUCCAAAAAUAUGAAUAAUAUAAUGAAGCUUUUCACAAAUUUAUCUUUGACUCCAAAUGUCAUCACUUCUUCUAAACAUGUAUUUCUUCACAGGACGCCAGCUUUGCAUUGCGCAUUUAUACACAUUACACCGGAUAAUCGCGAUUUGAUGGAAUUUUUCGACGAACCGAAAAAUUGGGGACGAAAUGAAGUGAAGGUUGGUCGAUCUUGGAGAAAAGAUGAAUUAAGAUUGAAAAGUAAUUCAGAUCUUCAUAAACUAUGGUAUGUGUUACUGAAAGAACGUAACAUGCUCAUGACAAUGGAAGAAGUAUGUAAAGAUGAAAAUAAAAUUUUUCCAAAUCCUGAACGUUUAGACAAAGUUAAAGACAGUAUGAAUAAUUUGGAAUCAGUUGUUCGUGAAAGAAACAGAGCCUACCAUAUGCUUGAAACUGGUGAAACAGGAGAGCGUCCUGGAAAACUGGUUUAUAAUUGUCUAGGUUUGAAAUUUUAUCAUCGAAUGCAUCAAUAUAUUAUACCAAAAUAUAUGAAUCGAAAAUGGCAUAAGUGGCACAAGUUUGGUUUUGGUGGGUUUGCAACUCGGCGAUUUUUAAGAUUAUAUAGAGAGAAAAUUUGGAAUCAAAAACGCAGAGCAAGAAAUCGUGAUAAAAAUCGUGUUGCAGUAUUAAUGAGUAAAUUCCCGAAUGUGGAUAUUGAAGCUGUGAAACAACAUUUUCCAAAUGUUGAUCUGGAGACAAUAAAAACGUUAAAAAGAGCAAGAGGUCACCAUGUACCUGAAUAAAUGCAGCAGAAUAACAAAAUAUUGAACAUUCAUUAUAUUAUAAACAUAAAAUAUUCAUACAUAUAAUAUUGUUGGCAAAUUUGUGUCUGUGUCAGCUUUUUUUAAAUAUUUUUAUUCAGAGAUUUAUUAUUCCAAAUCAUAAUUUUAAAUGAAUUAGAUUGCUUAAUUAUGCAGUUUGCAUUAUAAAGAGAAAUAUAAAAAUAAUG